UUCUCACCUUGUAAACAAUUCAAUUCAUUCCCUCCAUUCCAUAGUUUCUAACAUGCAUGCAUCAUAGCAUUUAUAAGCUUGCCAGUGAUUCUUACCUUCUCUGUACCUGUUAAUUCUUUGAGCUUUGAGAUUUUAGUUGAGGCAAAUUACCUUAGAAAUUGAAAAUUUAUAGAUGAACCUGUUUCAAUCUGUACCUUGUCACUAGGCUUGCCUUACCCAUUUAUGUCUGUGAAAAUGAAGUCCACCACAAGGAAUUUCAGUGUUCUUCAGAUCUUCUUUUGGCCAUUGUUCUGUCUCUUUUUGGCAGGUUAUGGUGCUGAAAGUAACUUGUAUUGUUUACAAACCAUCAAGAAUUCGUUGGAUCCAUUUAAUCAUUUAUCUAGCUGGGAUUUCGAGAGCAACAAUACUGUAGGUUACAUGUGUAGUUUUACUGGUGUUGAAUGCUGGAAUUCUAUGGAAGAUAGUAGAAUAAUCAGUCUCUUGCUUUCUAAUAUGGGGCUAGAGGGCCAAUUUCCUCGUUGCAUAGAAAAUUUCACAUGGUUGCAGACUCUGAACCUUUCAUACAACGAGCUUUCUGGAUAUAUCCCAUCUGAUAUAUCAAGUAAACUGCCAUAUCUAACCUCACUUGAUCUCUCAAAUAACAUUUUCAAUGGUGAAAUUCCAAAGGGUAUUGCCAAUUUCUCUUACUUAGAUAACCUUAGACUUGAUGGCAACCAGUUAACUGGUCAAAUCCCACAAAAAAUUGGGAUGCUUCCCAGUAUUAGAGUUUUCAGUGUUGCUAACAAUUUGUUAACAGGGCCAGUGCCUGUUUUUGCUAGCAAUGUUGAUGUGAGUUUGAGCUAUGUCAAUAAUAGUGGACUCUGUGGGGGAAUACUUGGAAGCUGUGACGAUAGAUUAAUUGAUAGAUCGUUUUGGUAUAGUUUUAUUAUUGCUUUUGUUUCUUCAGCAAUUUCUGUCAUAGUAGCUUUCACACCUUGGACAGAAUUCAAAAAGAGGAGGAGUAACGCUACAUAUCCCUUAAGAAAGAAGCAGAAGCAGCAGAAGGAUACUAGACAAGUAGCUGAGUUGCUACCACAAGCUUUGCAAGAGCAAAGAAUCAAUGAGCUCUCAAGAUUGUUGGAGAGAUUGAUUCCAAGAAUGAGCUUCAUGGAACUAUGCAAAGCAACAGAUUACUUUAACACAGACAAUAUGCUGGGGCUAGGAACAACAGGGAUUAUGUACAAAGCAAAAGUACCAAAUAACUGUUUCCUUGCGGUUAAGAGACUAUAUGAUGCUGAUAAGUACAAGACGGAAUUCUUGCUUGAAACAACGAUUCCGGGGAGACACAGGCACAGAAACAUAGCUCCACUGGUUGGAUUCUGCAUAGAAAAAAACGCAAGGAUUCUUGUGUAUAAGUACAUGUUAAAUGGAAGACUCCAUGAUUGGUUGCAUCCUAAUGAAGGACAUAAAACUAUGAUAUUGGGAUGGCCUGAGAGGAUUCACAUUGCACUUGGUCUAGCAAGAGGUUUAUGUUGGCUCCAUGAAAAGUGCAAGAUAGUCCAUCUAAAUCUCGGUUCAGAGUGUGUCUUGUUAGACAAGAAUUUCGAGCCUAAAAUUUCCAAUUUUGGGAAGGCAAAAUUUGUAAACCAGAAGUUUGAAGAUCAUGUGAGGAUGAAAUUGUUUAUGAUUGAUGGACUUGGAGUGAAGGGUUCUGUUGAGAGGGAUGUAUAUGACUUUGGAAUAAUCCUUUUUGAGCUUAUAACAGGGAAAAGAUUAAGUCCAGCUACUGAUUCUUCUGACACUGUUGGUGGCUCUUUGAUGAACUAUAUUAGCAAUAAAUUGUUCACUGAUCCUAUUGAUUUUUAUGAUGCCGUUGACAAAUCUAUCAUUGGGAAAGGUUUUGAUCAUAAAAUCCUACGUCUCCUCGAAGUUGCAUGUGACUGUGUUAAGCCUUCAUUAGAGCAACGACCAAAGAUGGUUGAUAGGUACAAGACUAUAAGAGCCCUGUGGGAGGGUUAUAGACCCUGGUUUGAUUCUGAAAGGCUGAAGCUAUCUAUGGUUUGUCCUGAUAGUGAUCAGAUAACAUAUAGCAACGAAAUAGAAUGUAUUUGUUGAAAUGUAAGUGCCAUUCUGUGAAGAAUUUGUAUGCACUUUUACA